AUGGCGGGCCGCUUUGUACGAGCGUCGAAGUAUCGACACGUCUUUGGAAAGCCGACUCGCAAGGAGUUUUGCUACGACAACCUUCACAUUAGCCGAAAUGCGUGGGAUACCAACCUGGUGAAGGCCAACCCCGAAUACCUUUCGGUCAAUUGGGAAUCUGGCGGCGGCGGCGCCUUCGCCGUCAUCCCUCUCGGCGAGAAGGGAAAGCUCCCCGACCAAAUCCCGCUGUUUCGAGGCCAUACCGCCACCGUCUUGGAUACCGACUGGAACCCCUUCAACGACCGCAUCAUCGCCUCUGGUUCUGAGGACGGAAAGGUCUUUAUCUGGGAGGUUCCCGAGAACUUUACCCUCUACACGGAUGCCGAGGAGCCCGGCCAUGUUUCUCCCGUCAGCAAGCUCGCCGGCCAUUCGAGAAAGGUUGGCCAGGUCCUCUUCAACCCCGCCGCCGAGAACGUCCUCGCAUCCGCGUCCGGCGACUUCACGAUCAAGCUGUGGGACAUUGGCACCGGCCAGUCCACCCACUCCUUGAAGCACAAUGACAUCGUGCAGAGUCUGUCCUGGAACGCGAGCGGCAGCCUGCUGGUCACGACCUCUCGCGACAAGAAGAUCCGCGUGUGGGAUGUGCGCGCUGAGAAGCCCGUCCACGAGGCCCCUGGCCACCCGGGCGCCAAGAACAGCAGAGCUGUGUGGAUGGGCGAGCACAACCGAUUCGCGACUUGCGGUUUCUCGAGAAUGAGCGAGCGUCAGAUUGCGCUGUGGGAGCCUGGCCGCAACGAGCCCAUUGGGGGGUUCACCAUGCUGGACUCCAUUUCGGGUGUCUGCAUGCCCUUCUGGGACGAGGGAUCCAACUGCCUGUACCUUGCUGGAAAGGGUGACGGCAACAUUCGUUACUUUGAGUACGAGAACGACAAGUUUGAGUUCCUCAGCGAGUACAAGUCUGCGGAGCCCCAAAGAGGCAUUGCCUUUGUCCCCAGACGUGGAAUUAACGUCCACGAGAACGAGGUUAUGCGCGCUUACAAGACGGUCAACGACACUUACAUCGAGCCCAUCUCCUUCACUGUCCCCCGCAGAGCCGAAACCUUCCAGUCCGACAUCUUCCCUCCUGCCACCGGUCUCAAGCCUGCCGUCAGCGCCAAGGAGUGGCUUGAGGGCAAGGAUGGCAUCCCAAACAAGAUCGACCUCGAGAGCGUGUACGAGGGAACCGCGCCAAAGGAGGUCGUCGCCGACUACAAGCCCCCUACGAUCGCCUCCGCCCCCACGCCGGCCGCCAAGCCUGCGCCGAAGCCCGCUCCCGCCCCCGCGCCGGAGCCUGCGCCCGUCUCGCGCUCGCCGCCUCCGUCGAUGAAGGACCAGGGUGCGUCCAUGGCCAACAUGGCGUCCAAGUUCAAGGAUGACGAGCCCGCCGAGCCGGUGGAAGACGACAACUCGAGCUUCGAGGAGGUGCAGAGACCAGCUCAGCGCGCCGCGCCCGCUGCUGCCACCCCUGCCCGUGUCGAGCACGCCACCAAGAUCCCCUCUCCUAUCAAGCCCGCCUCCCCUGCCUUCAAGUCCCCCGCCAGCACGUCGCAACCGUCCCCCGUCAAGCAGGCCGCCCCCUCUCCCAGCUCCUCGGGCCAUAUCGAGUCCUCAUUGGACCAGAUCAGACAGAUGCUGGAGCAGCAGACCAAGCUCAUCGGCAAGCAGAACGACAAGAUCAGCCAGCUGUCAGCCGAGGUGGAGGGUCUGAAGCGCAAGGUGAACGCGGGUGGAUCUCAGGACCAGAGCGAGAGGAUCAGACAGUUGGAGCUGGAGCUCGAAGCCGCGCGGUCUUAG